AUGACCACUACCUCCAGUGCAACCAUCCCGAAGCCGGUCGACGGUCCGCGUUCAGACUACCUCUCCUGGGAGGAAUAUUUCAUGAGCAUUGCCUACCUUUCGUCCCUCCGUAGCAAAGACCCCAGCACCAAGGUCGGCGCGUGCAUCGUGGAUAACAAAAAUCGCAUCAUCGGCAUCGGCUACAAUGGUUUCCCGACCGGCUGCUCUGAUAAGGACCUCCCGUGGGUUUCGGGAAGGAGUAGUACCACCGCUACAACAAAUAAGGCAACAAAAAGCAGCGGCGAACUAGGACCAGAAGCGCAGCCAGACACGGAAAAUGAAGGAGCGGAAGAUCUGCAACCACUCACACCCUGGCUGGACACGAAAUACCCCUUCAUUUGCCAUGCCGCGAUCAACGCAAUUUUGAAUUCGCAGUCGAAUCUGGAGCAAGAGUGCACACUGUACACAACCUUGUUCCCGAACGACGAGUGCUGCAAGCUGAUCGCUCAGACGGGAAUAAAACGGGUGGUCUACGGGGAUGAUAAAUACCACGACAAGGACAGCUGGGUUGCCGCCAGGAAAAUGCUGCACAUGGCAAACGUGAAGGCCGUGAGUUUUCGGGAGUUCAUGGGCAAUGUGAAGAAGAGGAAGAGGGGUUGGCUGAGCUGGGGAUUAGAGAUAUUCUCAUCUUCAAGCAGCUCAGCCUCUAUAACUACGUGGUGCAAGAAAGCGCUCUUUUGUAGUCCUGGUGAAGAGGUUGAGGCAGUACAACAAGCAAAAAAAGACGAUAGCACUGCUUCCACUCUAUUCAUCUCGUCUUCGUCUGCGAAACUCGUGAAGAAUCUGUGCACAUUAGCCUGUGGGCUGAGUCUAGGAUUUCUCCUGUCAACAUCCGCUGCCAGUACCAUUUCAGGCGAAAAAGCGUUGCAAUCGUCAAACAAUAGUGCGGUGGCAAGAAUGGUCAGGAAGAAAGACACACUGAUUGACGCAGUGAUGAAGCUGACAGAUUUUCCAGUUAUCGUGCCAGUGAUGAAAAAAGCGUGAUAGUAGAUUAAGAUUUUAAUUCUACCACCGAGGCGACAGCAUGCUGACGCAGAGAAACACAACGAAAAUAGUCGACCUGCUACUUCCAAUCGAUGGAGGAAUUAGAAUUAAAUCGAUCAAUAAAAAAGGCGUGUUCUUUUUUGAACGAUGCUUCAUUCUACCAUUUUGACUGCUGUGGCUGUACAAACUCCUGUAGUAGUGCGCGACUAAAAAGAGACCCCGCGCGUCUCCGUC